AAAAUUUCGUAGCCAUUCUCUUACGCGCAUGCGUAAAACGAAAUAGCAUGGUUGGUGUCUUCCUUUUCGCCUUGAGUCUAUCAGACAAGGUCUCCUGCAAUCAUGGUGCGGGUCAAUGUACUCAACGAUGCCUUGAACGCCAUCUGUAACGCUGAGAAGCGUGGUUACAGACAGGUGAUGAUCAGGCCUUCCUCGAAGGUUAUUGUAAAGUUUCUCAAGGUCAUGAUGAAGCAUGGUUACAUUGGUGAGUUCGAGAUCAUCGACGACCACCGUGCCUGCAAGAUCGUUGUGCACCUCAACGGCCGCCUCAACAAGUGUGGUGUGAUCAGCCCACGAUUUGACGUUGACAUCCGCAGCAUCGAGAAGUGGUCCACCAACUUGCUGCCAUCUCGUCAGUUCGGUUUCCUUGUUCUGACCACGUCCGCUGGUAUCAUGGACCACGAGGAGGCAAAGCGCAAGAAGACUGGUGGCAAGAUCCUCGGAUUCUUCUACUAGAUGCGGGGUGUCCUUGUUUGUACAUAAUUGUUUGUCUGGGACGAAAAAGAAAUGGAAAAAGACAA